AUGUAUGAUGAUGCCUACGGUUUCCAUGGCAUCAAAGUGGGAAUUGUGGAGGCAGAAUUUGGGCUGUCUGCCUCCUCACAUGGCCGUCAAAGGACACAAGCAGGCCACACCAACCGCUGGCAGCUGCGCCACCCCCUUGGCAGUGAUCUGCUGGGGCAAGCACAAGCUGAGAGAACCAUGAGAGUGGCCCUCAACACAUCACUCAGGACCAUAAGGACAGCUGACUCUCCACAGCCCUGCACUCAUGAUGAGCCCCCCCUGCCACGGCUUACCCUCCUAGCGAGCACCAGCCUGCCCAGAAGCCCCAGACGCUGUGUGCCAAGUCAUCCCAGCAAGGCUACACCAGAGGACCUGUUCUACCUCCUGUCCCGCAGUGUUGUCCAUUACAACCAACCAGACGUGGUGCUGGAGUGCCUGGGAAGCCAGUGGGAGCUGCACUGCCCUAAUCUCACCAAGUCAGGCACCCUAAGCAACCUCUACAUGUCAACCAGACAGCAGAGGGCAAGGAGCCUUCAGGACAGAGCAGGAAGUGGUAAGAAUGGGAAAGACAAGGCAUACAGCCGACCUGGCAGCAGCAACUCCAGCAGAGACAAACAGAAUGGGAAGAAACCCGCAGGCCCCCUGGUCCUCCAACUCUCUGUGAAAGAAGCCACCGUCACCAAAGAGGCCCUCUCCUUUGCCCUCAGGACCCUCUAUAACCCAGAGGCAUGUCCUGAACACUGGGGAGAGGGGGUGCUCUCUACCGCCGCCCUGCUGGGCCUGCCACACCUUUUCCAGAGGGUCUUUGCUGCCUGUGAGUACCAGCUCCUGAAGACAGUGCUAUACUGGGUAUUCCUACAGUUCAACCCUGCAGCUCAGAUCCUUCCCUCUCAUAGGUUCAUUAUGACCUUCUUCUCCAGUUGGCCAAGGGCUGGCGUCUUCUUGGAACAGCCUGUGGGACAGAGGUUCACCGUUCUCUUCCGGGCCCUUCGCUUACAUGGCAUCACUCAGCGAGCCCAUCUAGAGGAGAUGCAGCAGAUCCAUGUCUUUCCUCAGUCCUGGCUGCUCCUCAUCUUCUCCAAGCACUACUACACUCUCCACAGUGGAGGAGACAUGCAAGUAACAGAUUUCUCCCAACAAGCAGUGCGCUUCGGCAUGGUCAUUGAGAGGGAGCCUCAAUACUGCACGCGAACCAUUGGACUGUAUGGCUUCUACUUCCUGCUUAAAGCAGCCAGCAUGGGAGAGCUGGACUCACAUGGCUUCUUUCUGCAGAGACUGAGACACUGGGACCCUGCCAUGUCUGUGCGGGCGUGUGAGAGGCAUCCUUUCAGUAUGAUGACAGAGCGGGCCUUGUCCUAUCAGAUCAACGUGCAGGCCCAUGUGCACGGCCAGUGGCAGGAGUUCAACAGUGGUCCCAUCAACCAGGAGUUUGGCCUGACCAAACGCACCUGCAAGAGCCAGGUGUUUAAAGUGAGGGGCCUCAGCUUGCCCAUCUUUGUGACCUUUGCCCUGGCCUUCGCUGCAGUCUGA